AUGAGUCAAGAGCUUACUCAGAAUUUUGAAUAUAUUGCAGCCAACAUCAAAGAUUAUAUUGAUGAAAAUAAGUUGUUUGAUACUUUCGAAGUAGAAGAUAUUGAAAAAAUCAUGAAGUUUGCAAAUUUUACAACAAAUGACUUCACUACUCUUCUGAAACAAUCACAACCUACAGUCGAUGCAAAUACAUUAUAUAUGUGUAUUCGGAAUACGCAUAUUACACUACAUAAUUAUGAAGAUGUCAUUUCAAUUUUGAAAUCAAUCAAAAAUUACCUGAAACUUGCAUUACUUGAUGGUGUUAUUGAUUUUUUAAUACAAUCACAAAAAGAUGGAUCUAAUUCUUCAGAAGAAAUACAAAAACUUCAAAAAGAAUUAAAAACAAUUCAAGAUCAAAAACAGCAAAAUGACAAUGACAUAGAAUUACUCAAAUCUCAGGUUAGUCAAAUUUCUGAAGAACGCAACAUGUUAAAGAGAAUCAAUAAAAUUAUUGUUGAUCAAAACAUUCCGAAAAGAUUUCUUAAAGAAAUAGAAAAACUUAAGAGUUCUGAUGAUUUUGAACGCGUCUACAAGUUCUUUGAUGGGCAUUCAUCUAAAGAGAAUGAAAUUGUAAUUUAUAAAGCAUGUGAGGAAGGACUUUGGGAAAAGACACUCGAAAUAUGUUAUUGGCAAGAACCAGAAAAUGUACUUCAAGUUGCAUGCGAUAGAGGAAAUCUCAGACUUGUUGAAUCUCUGAUUGAAUGUGGCUGCGAUAAAGAGAUAAAAGGAUUUAAAUUAAAAGAAACUCCACUCAUGCAUGCCACGCAAAAUAAUAAUCUUGAAGUUGUAAAAUAUCUUGUCUCGAUUGGAGCUAACAAAGAAGCAAAGGAUCGUGGUGGUGAAACUCCACUUCUUUUGGCAUCAAAAGAAGGCUUUCUUGAUAUUGUCCAAUAUCUUGUCUUAGCUGGCGCUGAUAUAGAGGCAAAGGAUAAUGGUGAAUGUACUCCAUUCCUUUUGGCAUCAUAUUUCGAUCAUCUUGAUAUUGUGAAAUAUCUUCUCUCAGUUGGGUCUAAUAAAGAAGCAAAGGAUAGAGAUGGAAACACGGCUGUCCAGAUUGCAGGUAUCAAAGUAAGAGAAUAUCUAAUGGGAGGUAAUUGA